CGAACUUUACCUGCCCACGUCCCACCCAGUGGACAUGUGCUCCGCGGAGAGAAACAACACAGCGAAACAAUGAAAAUCUACACACACGCAAACCAUCAACACAAGAAUGACCACGGUUGAGAUCUGGUUACCUACUUGAUGUGCGGUGGUGAGCGUCCCACGCGAUGUGUCAGUAUGAGAUGCUUACACUCACUUCCCUCCUCCGUCAAUUCAAAGUGACUUAUGACUUGUAGAAUAAUGUAAGAGGCCAAAAUGGUGACCUAUUAUCGCAGAGAAACGGAAGCGUCCGCAGUAUUCAGUGAUCUCAACUGGGCUAAACUGUCAAAUAACCUUCAGGUGUCAUCAGCCGCUCUGUGUCCAGUUAUGGAAAGUUCCCCCUCCACGGCCAGGAGGCGAACAUGGGCCAGUAGAGGUCAACAGUUCUACAUUCUAGAAGAAUUGGGCCCCCUUUGCAGCUCCCUCUCCGAAUCGAUAUCAGAUGAUGAUGAUGUCUUCGCAGAUGGUCAGUGUGAAAGAUGGUGCUCUUAAACCGAGCAAUGGGUCUCUCCUGUCCAGUAAAAAGGGAAUUCCUUAAGUACACUAACAUGUUGUGUGUGUGUGUGUGUGUGUGUGUGUGUGUGUGUGUGUGUGUGUGUGUGUGUGUGUGUGUGUGUGUGUGUGUGUGUGUGUGUGUGUGCGUGUGUGUGUGUGUGUGUGUGUGUGUGUGUGUGUGUGUGUGUGUGAUUUCUAAAGACUGCUUGAUGGGAAAAACUGAGUUCUUGCUGCAAAAGUGCGAUGUUCCAGAGGUGCUCCAGUCACGUUCGGAGGAUGCUGAAGAGACACUGUGGCAGUUGGGGUUCGGCUGCGAUGACCCGCAGCUGACAGUGCGCAUCCCCCCUCGCUUCCUCUCCUUCCCCUCUCAAGUUCGGGGUAUCAACUUCCGCCUCUUCCUGGAGUCGCAGGUCCGACGGAUACGUGAGGAGGACCCCAGUCUGUGUCUAGCAAGUCGUUUCAGACAAGUCCAAGCGUUGACCGCAAUGGCCAACGUCUUCUGCUCGCUGUACUCGCACGUGUCUCGUACCCCCCUGCGCAAACUCGGGGCACCGCAAUUCACCUUUGCCCUGUCGACACCCACCAAGAGCAGUGUGAGAAGCGAGCUGCGCUCCCCCAGUGAGAGGCUGAAGGACACUGUCUCCAUGAUGUGCCUCUACACCUCAGCAAGGAGAAGGUCUAGCCUGUCUGUGGCUGAUCUAGUCCCUCAGCAUGUCCAGACCGAGACUAAUAAUGGACCUGAAGAAAAAAACAAACAUGUGGCAACACAAGUUGUUUUCGAUACCCGUAACAAACAAAAUCAAAGCCUCUCAAAAUUGAAACUGGUGUCCACGGUAACCUAUGAGCUAAUCAAUCCAAAGAUAGUCGAGCGUGUUCACCAAGCCAACGUCUUACAUAAUGUCUUUUCGAAGACGGAAGACAAAGAUGAGUCAAACCAUGGAGUUCCAAACAAGUCCACAGCCUCUGAGUCUGCAUCCAGACAACUUGCAGUCCAGACCCCGACAGUGUCUUCAGAUGUCUGUCAACAUUCAAUUUCAGAUAUCUUCCUUGCAAAGCAUCCAAGAUGCAUCGACUCCCUCAAGAACUGCGAUAAGGUACAUCGAGUCGAGGAGGAAGAAGGAGCAAGAGAAACACCAACAUAACACAAAGGUACUGCAGUGCAUUGUGGGCAGCGUUGGCACGAGCGUCCUCAGUGUUCGCGGCAAAGCCGUGGCACACCGUGAUUGGCUGCGUGGACAGCUCCACCAGACACUGGCACCGGCCACUCAGGCUUCGCUCCUCUGAAACCAAAGACAAGGAUCCAUUAACAAAGACAAA